UGAUUAGGUACUUAAAAUUAUUCCAAAUUUUAUCGUUUUAUAUAAUGAUGAAAGUCGUAAAAUUCAACCCGGAUGCAUUUUUGCAGAUAAAACACUAUCGUCAGCAGGCACAUAAGCCGCGUCACCUAAUAUGUUUCAAGCAAUGGACUUCAGAAAUGGUAAUGGAUAUUAUAAACAGUGCUAUCAAUUUGAAACACUCCAUCGGUGACACGCAUAAUAAGAGGAUGGACAUACUGAAAGACUCGAAAGUGAUGAUACUGCAGGAGUUGAACGAACCAGUCCUCAACAUGGCUGUGUCGAAAGCCGCCACCUUCCUCGGUGCUUAUGACGUCAACAUUGUCGACCAUCUCAUUUGGGACAAUAAUUAUAUCGGCAAAGUGUUUUCCCUGAUGGCGGAUGUAAUCUUCGUAGCGACCGCCACCCACAUGUGCGUGCAGCGGUUUGCUGAUCAAGCGUCGGUACCAGUGCUCUGCAUGAGGUCCAGGACUCACGCCAGCAUACAGUCCCUGGCGACUAUCAUGACGAUUAUCGAAGAAUACGACUCAAUGCAGAAUGUAAACGUAGCCUACAUGGGGCAUGCUCAUCCAGUGCUCAAUUCCUACCUCCUGCUAUGCCCUAUGUUGGGCGCUAACAUCAGAUUUCGAUGUUGCUGCAAGAAACAGACUGGUGUAUCCCCACUAUUAUACAAAGCCAGCGAAGAGCUAACUUGUCAAACCCACACAGAGUCCAAGGAAUGCAUGAGGAAAUCACAAGUGCUCACCAAUGCGACUGUCAUCAUAUCGGGACCUAGUACUAACAAAGAGGAAUCUAAGGAGUUCCAAAUCAAUGUGAGGGAAAUCCAGAAGAAUACUUCAGCUAAAUGGAUCUACUUUCACACAUGUCCAAGGGGCAAGGAGGUUGAUGAUGAUCUUUUUGAUCACUGCAACUCCAGAACAUUCAAUUCUUUCCAAAACAUGCAAUAUAUUGCUGCUGCUCUUAUGGCUAAUGCAGUUAAAGGAUAUAAAUUCUAAAAAUUAAGUAAAAUAAAUAAAACUUAUUAUUGUAAAAAAAAAAACCUUUUUUUAUUACUAUAUUACAAUAUUAUUAUUUAAGUCUAAAUUUCUACACUAACACACAUAAUAACAAGGGCCUUGGCAUGAAAUGCAUGCUUUUGGAGGUUUUGUUAAAUUCAUGAGGAAAUCAGUUAUUACAAAUCAGAUACACUUAAUAUUUCUUCUAAUAUGGUAUCUGUACCUCAAUCGAACAAACAAAAAAACUAGCGGGCAAGCAAAUCAUCAUGUCAAAGUUUCUAUAGAAAAAGCUAGGUUGUUCUUAAAUCAGGUAAAGGUGCUGCUUAGUUUCCAUAGAAACUUUGAUGUUGGUGGUAUGAAUUAGGAUCUGUGAAAGUUUGUGGUUGGGAUACUAGUUAUAAUAUGUGCACAAUAUAUGACAAAAACUAGUGACUUUAAUAAAAUUUAAACUCUAAAUAUCUGAUUACAUUUGCUUUGAAAAUAAAUGUCAAGAACAGUACACAGAAGAACACUUCUACUUAAAUUAAAAAUACCAUAAUACAUACAAGUGCACAUUUUAAAAUUGUAGAUCUAGCUCUCACGGGACAAACCUAGAUAAGAAAUUUUGGACACAAACACUGGAUAUUGGCCAAAUCCCGAGGUUGCUACCACUGAAGAAGUCUAAUCUCAUCUAACUUUUACAGAUCUUAGGAUAAAACUAUAGGUUAAGGACCAUAUUUGUGUUUAAUUUCUGAUAGAAAUUGCAAAAUGCAUUUAUUUUAAAGCCCACUUUCAACAUUGUUCCUUACAUUUGCUUUGUUGUAACAAAUUUAAAUUAAUCUGUAGCAUUUUUGUAUUUUCCUCUCAUAAAUUUAGGAAGUGGAACCACACCGGAACAUGGUAUUUGUCCGUAAACCUCGCAUAAGCAGGCACGAUCACAACCAAUCCCAAAGUUUGCUGGGUUGUCUUUCUUCUCGGCCAUAGUGGCUUCAGCUUCAAGCACUUUUUUACUUUUACCCACAGUGUUGAUCAGAUGCUCCAAAAUUUCUUCUUUAGAUUUAUUGUCCACAUCAACCAAGAUCUUCCUACCAUCUUCGAAAUAACAUUUCACGAAAGGAGAAGGCGUCAAAUUCUUCAAAGUAGCUACUUGAACAUUUGGGUUCUUGUAUUGAAUUUGUGGCAAGUACCAAAAAACAAAUUCCUUUGCACCAUUGUUGUUCUUUCCUUGAAUAUUGUAGGCCACAGAAAAUAUUCGAAUUUUGUCUUUCAAAACCAACCUACCGGCCUCCAAAUAGUUUAAGGUACGCCGGAUAGGAGUUCUUCCUUUCAUAAACGGCAUUCUAUAAAUUUAAAACUUAUAUUUUCUACCUAAAAUACAAAUAUCAGAGAAAUAACCUCUAUAGAGUACAAGCAAAAUAACCUAAAACACAGCGAAAAUUGAUGAGCACAGAAACAGAUUUCAGAAGAGAACAAGACUGAUG